UUCGGCGCUGACGGGGCCGACGGGCCGAGACCGGCGGAGCGGCCGGAGCGGGCGGCGCCUCUUCCUCCCUCCUCCUUCCCCUCCUUCUCCUCUCUCCUCCCUCCCGCAUCCUCCUCCUCGCCCCCCUCCUCGCCCGCCUCCGCCCCCCCGCACGCAGGCACCGCGGUUCCCGGCACGGACAACAUGGCGGCGGUGUCGGGGGCAGGGGCUGCGGGCGGCUCCGUCAGCGCCGGCGGCCCGGAGAUGGUGCGAGGACAAGUGUUCGACGUGGGGCCGCGCUACACCAACCUCUCCUACAUCGGCGAGGGGGCCUACGGCAUGGUGUGUUCUGCUUAUGAUAACGUCAACAAAGUUCGAGUUGCUAUAAAGAAAAUCAGUCCUUUUGAGCACCAGACAUACUGCCAGAGAACUCUGAGAGAGAUCAAGAUCCUGCUGCGCUUCAGGCAUGAGAAUAUUAUUGGAAUAAAUGACAUUAUCAGAGCUCCAACUAUUGAACAGAUGAAAGAUGUAUACAUUGUGCAAGAUCUUAUGGAGACAGAUCUUUACAAGCUCCUAAAGACUCAACACCUCAGCAAUGACCACAUUUGUUACUUCCUUUACCAGAUUCUGAGAGGGUUAAAAUAUAUCCACUCAGCCAAUGUGCUUCACCGUGACCUCAAACCUUCCAACCUGCUGCUUAACACCACGUGUGAUCUCAAGAUUUGUGAUUUUGGAUUGGCUCGCGUUGCAGAUCCCGACCAUGAUCACACAGGAUUCCUGACAGAGUAUGUGGCCACACGUUGGUACAGGGCUCCUGAAAUCAUGCUGAAUUCUAAGGGUUACACCAAGUCUAUUGACAUCUGGUCAGUGGGCUGCAUUCUGGCAGAGAUGCUCUCCAACAGACCCAUCUUCCCAGGAAAACACUACCUUGACCAACUUAACCAUAUCCUUGGUAUACUUGGAUCCCCUUCCCAAGAAGAUUUGAAUUGUAUAAUAAAUUUAAAGGCCAGAAACUACUUGCUUUCUCUACCACACAAAAAUAAGGUACCAUGGAACAGGCUGUUUCCAAACGCUGACCCCAAAGCACUUGAUUUGUUGGAUAAAAUGUUGACCUUUAAUCCCCAUAAGCGGAUUGAAGUGGAGCAAGCUUUAGCCCAUCCAUAUCUGGAGCAGUAUUACGAUCCAAGUGAUGAGCCUGUAGCUGAAGCACCCUUCAAGUUUGAUAUGGAGUUGGAUGACUUGCCGAAGGAAAAGCUGAAAGAAUUGAUUUUUGAGGAAACUGCAAGAUUCCAGCCAGGAUACCGAUCUUAAUCAUGCAUAGGUAAAGUCCCAGCAGUAGGGGACACUCGGGCAGGGGGGACAUUUGGGACUUUGGUGCUGCUGGUGAAAUGUGGGACUUGCCUUUCCCAGUACCCAGGAACUCCCUGUCCAAGGACCUGACCUCAGUCCUGUCCUGUUCCUGAGGGAAGUUUCUGUUUGCCCUCAGCAGUGAAGUGUCCACAUGGAAUCCAGGCAACUGUCCCAGGUGUUUACCUUAUUGUAGGUGCAUUUAGGGAACAAGAAUUGCAUUUCAAUAGUGCUGCUUAGAAUAAAGGCAAUGGUAAUGCUUUGAAAUGCAAAUUUUAUAUUAAAAAAAAAAAAAAAAAAAACAUUUUAGGGGGCAAUGUUCUUCAUAUUUUACAGAUACAUAAUUUUAUCAUGUGGCUUCAAAUGCUUUUAAAAAAACCUCCUCCUAAAUGUAAUGUACAGAGGAGAAAUCUCUUAAAUUAUUUUAAAGGAAAAAACCCAUACACAAAACUUCAGCAGGAAUUAUCUUUAGUUUUAAGUAGCUCCCAAAUAGUGUGAGUAAAUAAGAAUAGGUAUUUAAAUAUCCAUGAAUUAAUUAUGAUUAACCUUCCUAGCAUUUUGAAGGUCUGAAACUUUAAUUUAAGAUUGGAUGUACUGAUACUCACUGACUGACUUUUUUUUUAAGUCAAUGAACUUAACUGGUCUUCCUGUACCACAAGGCUUGCAAGUCUCAGGAGUUUCAUACAAAUUGGCCAAACAUGGACUUGAUUGGAGUACCUGUGAAACUUCUGUGAUACUGAUAAGGGAAAGUAUCAAAGUUUUAUGAGUGGAAAGGAAAAACAAGCCAAAGGCAACAGGCUGCCCUGGGUUUCCUGGUUUGUGCUCUCUGUGCUUUCCUCCCCCAGAGCAGCAUUCUGCCAUCACUGCUUUGUGUGGGCAGCUCCAGCAGGAAGGUGAAGUUUUGAGCCAGGGCACUUCCUUGCUGCCAGAAAUCCACAGCUCUGCUGGCAGUGUGCAGGAGCUUUGUGGCUUUGCUAUAAGCAAUAAUUUUUCUGCACUAAAAAUGUGAUUUCAGUUUCUGCAUUGCAUAUAUCCCCAGGUUUUCAUUUAAUAAUGAAUUCAUAGGAAAGAAAAAGAAACUGGGGGAAACUUUUAAAAGUUUUUCUUCAUUAGGGUAGCUGCUGUUGCCACUGGCUUGAAUAUUUACAUGUAUAGAAGCUCACAAAUAAACAAAUUUCAAUUUUUACAAACACUGCAUUUUGUUUAUUUAAGCUUGCUAGCUGAUAUUGGAACUGUUGUAAUAAUUGAAAUGUAGGGAAGUCUGAGGUUCACACACUGGUUCUGUUAGUUGGCAUUGUUAAUAGAGCAGACCUGGGACACAGUAACUGACUGGUGUUCAUGUCCCACCCAUGUUUUGUGUGUGAGAGCACAGCUGUGCAUGUACACAUGGUGCAAGAAAGUUACAGAAAUCUUUAGGAACAAGAUGAAGCCUGUUCCUAAUAGGCUGCAGUCUCAAGGAAGGGCAGUGAGUGGUUACUGAUGUGGUAAAUCAUGGUUUGUGAUCUCUUGCUUGCCUCAUUGCUCAGACCAUACUUACCUAGGUUGUAUUAGGGAUUAAGGGAUAAAAGGAUUAGGGAUAAAGAUAUCAGUGAUCUGUUGCUAGCAGAAAUUUCUGGUUUGAUAAAAAUGUUACCUUCAAAUGCUACUAUGCAGAGUUGAUUUUGCCAGCACAAUACUGCAAUUGAAAUAUUGUACUUAGCUUGGUGAGGAUAUGUUGAUAAUUUGUGUGAGUCAUUUGUGGUCAGGAUUGCCAGCUCUGCCAUAGCACAAGAGUUUAAACAGAGCUGCUUGGCACCCUAGCGAGGGCCAGUCCCCAGGAGCUGCCUUCAAAUGCACAGUGCCAAUGUCCUGCUGGGCAUUCCUGUUCUCCUGCACACCCCCUGGGCUUCCUCAGCCAGCUCCUCUCACUGCGCUGUUUCUCGAGAUUCAACGUGUCCCCUGAGCUGUGGGGUUUGGGAUUGAGAAGCAAUAUGAAAAUAACAGAUUUUUGGUUCAGACAAACAAUGUAUUUCAUUGAUUGGUUGUGUUUAAUCUUCCUAAUCUUUUGAAGAAUUAAUAGUUUAAAAUGGAAUGCCCUGAGAUCCACUGUCUCUGAAUUCUUUUUUAACAUCUGUGGAUCCUGCUGGCUCUGGCUGAUGGUAAACACAGUGUGCACAGAGCACAGAAAUAGGAAAAAGUUUUAAAAGGUGAUGUUAAACUUCUUCACUGAAAUAUGUCUCUGCUCUCUUGUAGGACAAGGACUUAAAGGACUGGGCAUGCUCAAAUGUUGCUGUUCCUCUUCCCAGUUCUUUAUUGUUGGUCAUGUCUUGUGGCCUCUCUCAGCUUAUCCACUAACUCCUUUGAGCCAUUCAGGAGGGCGGUUCCUGGUAGUUUUGGCUUUUCAUGCUUUCAAUGAAUCUUUUAAGCCUGAAGAAUUGUAAUUGACACUCCUGCGUAAUGCCCAUUGUUGACCUGUUGCAGUACUGUACUGUACGUGCACCUACUGCUGCCCGUGUUUUAACUGCUUGCUUUCUGGUUUGAAAGAUGCAGUGGUUCCUUUCACUCCUGGAUCAAUGUCCAAGAAGAGAAUCCAUUGACCUGUAAGACGUUUACACCAUGAACUGUUUUUCUGACUUUACUGAAGUCGCUGGCAUUUUUUUUUAGAAAAGCUACUAUUCAGGGCACUUUAAGUCAGUGACAUCCCAGAUUUUUUUUUUGCACGUCCUUUUUAAAUAGAAAUGGUUGGUUAGCAUCCAGCAGAGUGUACCAUUAUGCUAUGGAUUGCAGCAUAAGUUGUGUUCAUGUUAAUCUUGCUUAUGCACUUGUUUGGGUGUCCUGUGCUGUACAUACAGGUAUUCUAUCCAGUGUAAGAGCUACAUAGGAGCCCAACUUAACUGAAUUCAUCUAAGAAACAUUUUUCCAUGUAUUGACAUUUUUUCCCCUUGCUUUUCCUAAGAGAGAUCAUUUAAAGUUUACCCACGCUGGAGGCAUAGUACUCCCAAAGUUCUACCAUGCAGUAGUGUUUGUACAGCCUGUGCAAGGCAAGGUGGCAGCUGCAGCUGCUCUUUGCUCCCUGAGUGCUGGAAGGGUUAACACAGACCACGAUGGCACCGUGACCCCACGGCCAGUGCUUUUCCUGGGCAAGGCAGCCGUAUCUGGUGGCAAGCAAGAAAUCAGAAUAUGAUGUUAAUUAACUCAGUCUACAUCCUGCAUACCAAUGAAAUGCUUCAAAUGAGGAUUGAUAGUUUUGACAUUUGAAUCUAAUCACUGACAUUCAGAUUCUUGCAGAGAGGAACACUGCAUCUUCAAAUGAGAAAGUUUGAUUUUACUUUUGCUCCUACAGCAUGUCAGCAUCUCAAGUUCAUUUCUUGCAACCUACACUAUGGUGAUUUGUAAUCAAGCCUCCAUGAGCUCGUGACAUGAAGUACUGUUCUGUUGUCAAGUACUAUCAAACUUUUCUGAUAAUGCUGAGUUAGGACAACCAAACAAAGCUAGCACUAAAUAACAUUUAAAAUUGUAUACCUUUUAAUGAUCUUUUCAAGUAUUUGUUACUGAAAUUGUAUAAUGUGGAGUUUACUAGGUGUUAUGUUCCAGUGCAGUGCCUCCUUUUCUUUCCCCACUGCUCUCUGUGGUGAGAAAUUUGCCUUGUUUAAAAUAAUUACUGUGCCCUCGCAUGACUGUUAAAGCUUUCUGUGCAAAGAUGAUUGUCUAAGUGCCACAUGCCUAUGAUUGAGAAAAAAAAUAAUCUAUUGUUACCUCUGAGUUGUGUUCAACUGAAAUGCUAUUCAACAAAUAACUUAGGAAAAAUAGUUCUAUUUUUAGCUUUUCAUAUCUCUGCUGUCUUUUUCUCAUUUUAUUUUGGCAGCAGUGAAGAAUGGAUUGUAUAAAGACUGCUUGCUAAUAUGAACAAAAUGCACUUGUAAUUCCUGGAAAUAAAUUUAAAUCUUAUAUCUUCACAUUAACAUUAAGAAUUAGUUUUUGGUUUCCUCUUGGGUAAUGUCUUUGAAUGGAAAUCAGGUUCAAUUGCUACUGUAGUACAUAAGGAUGCUGGCUGGUUAAUAACUCCAGGCUUCCUCAUACCAUUUAGUCUGCUCUUCAGAGAAAUCUAGAAAGCCAUUAACUUAGACUCCACUAGAUAAGGGUGCUUACAAGAUUCCAUUUCAAAUUUUUUUUUCCUAUAGUUUAAGUGUUAAUCUGCCAAAACUAAUUUUUAGUAAGCAAGGGUUCAUCAUUAAAGGGCAUUUUCUAUUAGGAAGUUCCUGUGGUACAUAAAUCUCUGACGUGGGGAACAAAUUCGGAGCAUUGUCAGGACACUGCACAAGUGAUCAUGGAAUUGUGGUAUGGAACCUAUGCUAAAAACAUUUCUGUAGAAGAAAUAUGCACUUGACUGUUGAUACCAGUGUAGAAAUUUCUCUUGACCUUUCUACACAUCUUUACCAAAAUGCUUUUCUCACUCAGUUUCGAAAAGUUGAAAUAGUUCUAGAAUCUCUGCUACUUGCAUGAUCAUCAUUACAACAGGAAUCAUUUUUGGCACGUUUGGAAAGAUGACUGUUACUGAAAUUAGUUUGUAACACCUCGGUUUUAAUUUAUUAAGGAAGAUCUUUGGCAGCUUACUUCACCCUUCUCUUUCCCAAUUUUUUUUUAAUACUGUCUUUAAUUUGGGAUGUUUGGGGAGGUGUAGACUUACCCUUGCAUCCUCUCUGAGUGAGAAGCCGAGGAUUUGCUUCACCUGAUGUCUGGUGCUUUUGGGCUUUCUUCCUUAGCUACUUUUGCUGAAUCCAAUUGGCGUCCAUCAGGAUCCAUAACCACAUUCAUCAGUCUUUUACUGAAUUCAGUAAACAUUGUUGGGUUGAAUUUGUUGAUGCAUCAAAUGCUGAAGCACGAGGGGUUUUUUUUGGUCAGAUUUUAAAAAUAGUUUAAAGAAGGUGCCUCUAACAACACUGUGUUAGGUCAGUUAUUUCAUCAUUUUACAUUGGGUUCUUUUCUUUAUGCAGUUUUUAUAUUUUUAGAGCGGAGAACAGCAACUCUUAAUCGAAGUAGCAUGCAUAUUUCAUGGUAAAGAUGCUUUGGGAAUAAGGAAUGUAACAGUUCACUGUCAAAAACAUUCCAACCUUACAGCUGAAGAAAAAUAUGCAAACACAAAAUUCUCAUGGAUACUUUGGCAAACAAGCCUCUGACUCUGCUGUCCUGCCUGUGGCCAGACUCUUCCUCACCCCUGUGACACCAGAGCUGGGCCGCGAGCGCCGGGAGCUUCUGGGAGUGGCAGUGGGGACAGAGAAAACCUGAGGAGCUGAGCAGGGCUUUCCUUGCAGAAUGAGAGAAUGAAAAACCUGUUGUUGCUGCCCACUGUAAUAUGCUACAGUAUAUUUAUACCAUGUCAAAGUUGUUUGCUGAGCAACUGUACUAUAGAUUUAAACUUUAUUAAUAUAUAUUUGCUUAUGUUAGUGUAGUUUAUAUAGUCCUUGGUUAUUGAUAAAUUUAUUGUGUUGUUACAGCACAGUGAUAUGGUAUAAAUAUAGGUCUAUACAUACACACCAUAUACUUAUGAAUUUGGUCCCUUGCAUAGUACUUUUAUAUUUGUACAGCAAUGUCUUCAAGCAAUCCCAGAUUUUAGGGGAAAUAUUUUUGUAAAUGCAGUGGUUUAAACAAAAAAGUCCAAACAAUCCUUUUACUAAGUUUUAAAUACAUUUGUGGUUCAAAAUGGUUUAGUUAACAAUUGAAAUCAAGACACUAAAUUAGUGAAAAGUGCACAUUAGUAAAGUGAAGCUUACAGUGGUUUUUGUAGCAUGUGCUGUGAUCAAACCAAGUGACACAUCGGCAGAAAUGUAAAAGUUGGACUACAUGUGUAAAUCUAGAACAAAUUUCUAAAGGUUGCAGCUGGUUUACUUACUAUUGUUGCCUUUUCUCGUGUUGUAUCAGUGUAGAGCACUCUUAAAAUACUCAAACUGCUUUGUCUUUGCUUUGUACUGUUGGUGCCUUCUUAGUCAUGUACCCCACAAGUCCUGCAUAGCUAAUUUAGUUAAUGGUAAGUUUAAAAUAAAAAAGCAAAGGAAGAUUUUAUAAAAAAUAAAUAAAUCAUUUUCUGUAUGUUCUUAUUCAUUGUAACAAUUAAACAUUUAUAUUGUGACAGAUUUGUGAUUUGGUUAAUCUGUAUAGAUCAAUUGUAAGUAGCAAAGGUUUAUAUUUCGUCUUAUUCUUUUGAUGUUGUAAACGUUUGUGAUUUUCUUUUUUAAAUCAGGUAACUUAAUGUUCUGUUUUGUUUUUGGCAUCUGAAUCUUGUAAAAACAAAUGCAAAGAAAAUCAUUAAAUUGUGUCCCUGUAUUACCAAA